UUUGGGAGGCCCCUGGGGAGGAUUGUGGGACACAGCUUUAUUUACGAUGUCUUAGGUGGGUCGGGUCCCACCUUCUGGUAUUUGGGGUCGACGUGGCUCCCUCUUAGUAAACGCUGGGUUCUAGUCCCAAGGCUCCAGUUCUUUUUGCAAGGCUUUCUGUUUGAUUCCACACACUGGAGGUAUCCAGCAACAGGGCGUACGGAGAGCAUGAGAAUUUCAUGAUGGAAUACUAUGUGAUCAAUGAACGUCUUUCCUUCCUCAGCAACAUGAGGCUUUUCUUGUGGAAUGCGGUCCUGACGCUGUUAGUCAUUUCUUCCAGUGGGGCUCUGAUCCCUGAACCUGAAGUGAAGAUCGAAGUUCUGCAGAAACCUUUCAUCUGCCAUCGCAGGACCAAAGGGGGAGAUUUGAUGUUGGUGCACUAUGAAGGCUACUUAGAAAAAGACGGCUCGUUAUUUCACUCCACUCACAAACAUAACAAUGGUCAGCCCAUUUGGUUUACCCUGGGCAUCCUAGAGGCUCUCAAGGGUUGGGACCAGGGCUUGAAGGGAAUGUGUGUGGGAGAGAAGAGGAAACUCAUCAUUCCUCCUGCCCUGGGUUAUGGAAAAGAAGGAAAAGGUAAAAUUCCUCCAGAAAGUACACUGAUAUUCAACAUUGAUCUUCUGGAGAUUCGAAAUGGACCAAGAUCCCAUGAAUCAUUCCAAGAAAUGGAUCUUAAUGAUGAUUGGAGACUCUCUAAAGAUGAGGUUAAAGUGUAUUUAAAGAAGGAGUUUGAGAAGCAUGGUGCAAUGGUGAAUGAAAGUCAUCAUGAUGUUUUGGUGGAGGAUAUUUUUGAUAAAGAAGAUGAAGACAACGAUGGAUUUAUAUCUGCCAGAGAAUUUACAUAUAAACAUGAUGAGUUAUAGAGAUAUGUCUGUUCAUUUUAUAUAGCAUCAAGAGGGCAACCAUCUUUAAAGACAGUUUAAUUUUUAACAGGGUUCUGCAUUUUCUAAUUUUAUAUAUUUUUUCCUGAGUAUUAUUUAAAGAACCCCCUAAGGAUUCUAAGUGCCCAUUUCUUUCUGGUGAGUUAUUGGGAAGGAAAAACUAAUUUAUCUUUGAAGAGGAGACUUUUGGACCAUUUUCCACUUUCACAUAUGAAGCCUUAUGUUUUAUUUGCUUACUUGUAGUUUUAAAAUAUUACAAAUGGGAACAACAUGAGAUCACGUUAUAGCACAAAUCAACACCCUGUAUUUCUGCCUCCCUCUAUUUCUUCCAGGUUAAGUACUGACAUAUUUAAAAAGCCUUUUGCAAUAGCUCAAGGCCUACUGUUUUCAUGUUAUAAUGGAAUAGCUUUGUCUUUAACUGCCUUUAAAUAUGUUUGAGAAAAGGGGAAAAUGGUUGUGAACAGCUACUGUUUUGCUAGGAGAUGUACAAUGCUAAAGUGGGCAACAGAGGUCAUAAUUUAUAAAUAUGUUUGCAUUGAAACAUUCUGCCUAGGACUUAAGUGGCUAGAUAAGGUUCGGUUCCUAGUAACAAAUGACUUGUCACUAGUGGCUGAUGACUAAUAUGUUAUUAGUGUUUAUGAUUGAUAUGGGUAUUUCUUUUUAGUAAAAUGUGUCAAUAUUGUAGACAAGGUAGAAAGUUUUAUUUAUUCAGUGUUUACUUUUUAAGGCUAGCAGAUUACCCUUUCUAAUUCUUUGAUGAAUAUAAUCCAGUAUAUUAUACUGUAAUAGGAUUGUAUCAGAGGAGAAAUUAACAGUCGAUGGUGACUUAACCCUAUUCACACUGAUGAAAUGAACAAGCUGCAGCAAUUAUUUUAGGCCAAAAUUGCCACUUUGAAAACAAAGGAGCAGAGGUUUUUAGGCCCUCAAUUGCUUAACCUUGUAAAACUGUGUCUGUUCUGUCAAGGCAAAGCUUAGUAGCGAUCUUGCCAUCAAAAUUUUCCUAUUCCUGCCUCAUCAAGAAAUGAAGCACACCUUUCCAGCUACUGCUGAAUAAAGGGAUAUCCUAGGUAAAAAGUUGAUGACUUUAUUGUUUUAUCUUAAAUUUGCUUUUAUCCUUAUUACUUUAAAACAGUGCCCAAACUUCCAUUUACUAAAAAUUCUUCUUUAUAAGUUUACAAAGUGAUGUAAGUACAUUAUUUACUUUGAUUUUCAUUGCUCUGAAGUCUAUGCAAUAAGCCGGUGGACCUUACUGUACCAAAGAAAUUGCCGUUCAAAGAGAUUGAAGCUAACCUGUAAACUGGUUUGCAGUGUCUUUCUAACUGCCAAAAAAGUGAAAAUUUGCCUUGAAUUCUUUGGGCUUGAUUCUCUCUUCAAUUUGUUGAGCAGCCAUAUCUGUUGUUCAUCUUUGGGUCCUUUUUCUGUAAAGAUGGUUGACUGCUGUUUCUGGGACUUCAGAAAUCUCCCAGUCAUCCUGGAAUGGCUCUGGUUUCACAGAGUAAUCGGAGUUAGUGCCAAAUCGCCCCAUAUACCUUGUGUGGUGAGAGGUUUCAGGUUUGUGUUUCUUAACCUUUCUUUCCUGUUGGCCUGCAGCAUUUUGUUUCAUGAUUUUUAAGAAUGAUGAACAAUUAUUAAAUCAUAUAGACUACUCCCACUAAUUGUAUAUUGACAUUUUCUUCACUAAAACAUUUUCCUCCAAGUUUUUGGGAAGAUCAUACCAUAAUGCCUUUCACUGACAAAAUCAGCUUUAUCUUGAAAAUGCGUAUGUUGUGUCAUCACUGAUGCUUUCCUAAGCCUGGAAGACUUACACAUCACAGUACAGAAAGCCCUACACUGUACAGAGGAAGGAGAGUAGCUUGUCCUGUGGUGCUGCUUUGUAUAAACAUUAUUGAUGAUGCUGUCAAUGGUGCAGAAAGAAAAGUAAAAAGAAUUUUGAUUAUCCAGGCAGCAUAUUUCUUUAUCUCAUGUGAAUUUUUAUCAAUUCCCAUCUUCAAUAUUUGCAUACAAGUGUGAAAUGAAUCUGGUGGUUUUAAAAUUAUCUGCAUUUUUGGUUUAGCUGCACCUUUGUUCCGCUCCAUUAGUGGGAAUAAUCAGAAAUGAACUAUUACUUCUGCAUGCAUGUUUAUAAUUUGACUCAUUGACACUGCUAGAUGUGUCAUAUUGAUAUUUAUAUGACUAUGUUGUGUUAUUCUUUUCAAAAUAAAAUUUAUUUGGAAAUAA